AGGAUAUUGUCUAACUCACUGACGCCUUACACACCCACGUCUGGUCCUACCUGCUGCGACGUUCCCAUGGCAACAAUCAACGUGAGCGUCCCCUCGCAACCGCAUGCAUGUACGUACGCCAAUUAAGCUUCAUUUCCAUGCAAAAAUGUAGCCUGCAAACUUUACAUAAGGCUUAAGACGGACUCGGUUCUUUGUUGCCCACGUAUAGCAUACACGUGGAGAGGAGGGCGCCGAGCGCUGGUAAUGAUUCCAUUCAUACUCGAAAUUUGUGAGGAACAACGACACAGAGGCGAAGUCAGUGCUGGUGGUUGUUCCGGGUCGCUUUGAGUGGCCAUCACCGAAGACUGCAAGCACACAGCUUGCUAGAGAAAGCAUUGACGACGGUCCGUCCAAGUAUCAUGAUGGACGCAUCAGCAGUGGGUUUGACUUAUCCUGGUAAUACCUCGGAUGCAAACAGAACUGUAAACGGAACAAGCGAAGCGGACUGGAGGACCGAGGCCUCAUUGGCCACCACAUCAGUCAGCCUCGUACUCAUCAUGUCAGCGUCCCUGGUGUUGAACAUCUUGGUGACUGUCGCCGUCGUCAGAGGGAGGCGGGGCCAUAAGACGAACCACUCGCUUCUGAUCCUGAACCUGACCAUGUCCGGGCUAGUUUUAACAGUCGUCGGCAUGCCGUUGUCUCUCAUGUCCGUUUUCGACGGAGGAGCGGUGCUGAGUGAAUUGGACAGACUUUGCAGUGUAAAUGGCUUCGUGUCGGUGUUCUUGGCCCUGGCUACCACCCUGUCUCUCUCGGCAAUCGCUGUGGAUCGCUACCUCGCCAUUUGCAAAGCAACAAAGUACAAGGCUAUUCUCACACCAUGUCGUUUAAACAUGGCACUGAUAGCUAUCUGGAUCGUAUCUGCCAUUGGUGGCCUUCCUCCUGUAUUCGGUUGGGCCGAAUUUGAGUACGACCCGGCUACGUAUCACUGCUCCCCUGCUUGGCAGUCCCCACACGGUUUAGGUUAUCGUAUCUUUUGCCUACUCGUUGGCUUCAUUCUUCCGAUCACCGUUAUGCUUGUCUGCUACACGCGUAUCUUUAUAACCGUUCGGAGAAGCAACAGAAGGGUCGCACCUUCAAAAGAACAGAACAAUGCUAUAGGUCGGCUUUUGGAAAACGGUACAACUGGAUUGAAACAGUUGACUAGAACCAGCUCUAUUCGCGGGGAGCGUCCUAGCAAGUGCCACAGCGAAGUCAAACUUCGGCUGGAGGGUGAAGAAUCGACCACUGAAGAAAGGCAACAGGAGACAGUGUUCGCGAUUAAACUCGAGUUGCGACGGACUAGUGAGAAAAAUCGUGACACCCAAACCAGCAACGAGGAUAGUGAUGUCGACGCUACUGUGGUAGGGUUACCGCAAAGGUGCGAUGAAAAAGAUGCUAGGAAAUGUACCAUUGACGGUGAUGGCCAAAUUGUAGUGAGGUUAAGAAACGACAGGUACCUUGCCGUUCAGGACCCGUCUUCAACUAGCCUCAAUACGGGAACAACAAGGAACAUGUCUACACCACAACGUUCCAUGUCAACGCAGCGUUUCGUGUCUCCAGUGCGUUCCUUGCCAAUACACCGUCCAAAGUCAACGCCAAAUUUCAUGUCAACACAGAAUUUAAUGCCACCAACACAGAAUUUGAUGAUAAAACAGCGUUCCGAGUCUCCAGUGCGUGCCUUGUCAAUACAUCGUCCAAAUUCAACACUGAAUACCAUGUUAACACAGAAUCCCAUGACUGCACAGCCUACCAUGUCCGCACAGCGUUCCAUGUCAACGCUCUGUCCCGUGUCUGCAGUGCGUCGCAUGUCGUUACAGAAUUCCAUGUCAAUACUGAAUUCCAUGUCAACACCGAAUUCCAUGUCAACACAGAAUUCCAUGUCAAAACAGAAUUCCUUGUCAACAAAGAAUUCCAUGUCAACAAAGUAUCCAGUGUCUGCAGUGCGUCGCAUGUCAACACAGAAUUCCUUGUCAACACAGAAUUCCUUGUCAACACAGAAUUCCUUGUCAACACAGAAUUCCAUGUCAACUCAGAAUUCCAUGUCAACACAGAUUCCCCUGUCUCCAGAGCGUUCCAAGUCGACACAGAAUUCCUUGUCAAUACAGCGUCCCAUGUCAACACUACGUUCCAUGUCAGUACCGAAUUCCAUAUCAGUGCCGGGUUCCACGUCAACAAAGAAUUCCAUGCCAUCAAAAAAUUCCACGUCAACAGAUAAUUCCAUGACCACACAGCGUCCCGAGUCUCCAGUGCAGUUAAACUCAACACACAACCCGAUGACAACACCGAAUUCCUUGUCAACACAGCGUUCCAUGUCAACACUACGUUCCAUGUCAGUACCGAAUUCCACGUCAACGCAGAAUUCCAUGACAACACAAAAUUCCACGUCAACUCAGAAUUCCAUGUCAACACAGAAUUUCAUGUCAACACAGAAUUCCUUGUCAACAAAGAAUUCCUUGCCAACAUCGAAUUACACGUCAACACAGCGUUCCAUGCCCACAGACAUCUACUCCGGGUGCACAGACGGCAUCGUAAACAAUGCGUACAUGAACAAAAGCGAUCGCAAUGGUCUAACCGCCGGCGCGGCUAGCACCCCCGGCCACUUGUCCCCACCUCCGUCCUUCUUAGAGAGACACUUUGAGGAAAGGAGAAGCGUUGACGUGCCUACAGCUUUCCAUGUCAGCCAGAUGAGGAGAGACCGCGACCAACAGAAAAAGGAGAGGAAAGUUGCCAUUACCGGUGCAAUGCUGGUACUAGCGUACAUCACUUGUUGGGGACCCUACGCCAUCAUUAACAUACAGUCCACAACGUGUGCUAUGCUGGUACUUGCGUACAUCACAUGCUGGGGACCCUACGCCAUUAUCAACAUACAGUCCACCGCGGCACCACUGUGGGUCUACACCCUCGCCAUGUGGCUAGGAUACGCCAACUGCGUGGUCAGUCCCGUGGUCUACGCGCUGACCAACAGGCACAUCAUGCAGGAGAUCAGGACAUUCUGUACGCGUCGGCACCAUGCGGGUGGCUAA